AACAAACAGACGAAAUAGAAGCACGUCGAAGUGAUAUACGUCGCUCACACAUGUCUGUUGAGGUUUUAAAAAACCUCUGUACACAGCUGAACCUGGGCACUGAAGGAAAUAAGGCUGACUUAAUUGAACGUCUCACGAACAUUAGUAACUUGGCUCAGUCACAGCAAAAUAUUUCUAGUAGUAUGGAAGGUGAAGUAUGGGAAAACAUACAUGGAGAGGAAGAUACCAAUCAAGAGGAUAUUUGCCUUGAUAUGAAGGCAUUGUUAAAAGAAAUCAGGCAUUUACAUGAGGAUGUAAAUAUCAUAACAGAACGGGUCGAAGUAUCAAAUAUGAGAUCGGAACUCCACAAAAACUGGCCUGAUGUAAAGUUUGAAAGGUCUAGAGACCAAUUUGAAUAUAAUGCACUUUGUGCUAUUGGGAAUGACUUGGAUUUGGCUUUGAGCGCUUCAACGGGGGAUGAAGCCAUUCGUCAUAUCGAAAAUGCCAGGGCAAAAACACUUGAUAGAACGGUGGUGCUGAAUGUAGCAAGAGAAUAUGGUUGGGAAGUGGCAGUCGAAUUGCCACAAUCAAAAAGUGAAGAUCUAUCAGCAUAUGGGGAAACGAUUGAACGGGCCAGACAAGCUGCAAAUUUGAAACAACGAGGGAAAAGGAA